AUGGCGCUGCUGCGCACGCUCGUCUGCUCCCUGCUGGCCGCCUGGCCUGUCUGUCCGGGCCUCGGGCUGCCCCUGGCGCCCGCCGGCCGCCACGGUCCGGCUCCGGCGGUGGGACAGUUUUGGCAUGUGACUGAUUUACACUUGGACCCUACUUACCACCUCACAGAUGACCGCACUAAAGUGUGCUCUUCAUCCAAAGGUGCAAAUGCCUCCAACCCUGGCCCUUAUGGAGAUGUUCUGUGUGAUUCUCCAUAUAAACUUAUUUUGUCAGCAUUUGAUUUCAUUGAAAAAUCAGGACAAGAAGCAUCUUUCAUGAUAUGGACAGGGGAUAGCCCACCUCAUGUUCCAGUACCUGAACUUUCGACAGACACUGUUAUAAAUGUGAUUGCAAAUAUGACAAUCACUAUCCAGAGUCUCUUCCCAGAUCUCCAGGUUUUCCCUGCACUGGGUAAUCAUGACUAUUGGCCACAGGAUCAAUUGCCUAUAGCCACCAGUAAAGUGUAUGAUGCAGUAGCAAACCUAUGGGGACCAUGGCUAGAUGAAGAAGCUACUCUUACUUUAAGGAAAGGUGGCUUUUAUACACAGAAAGUUACAAAUAACCUUAGGAUCAUCAGUCUAAAUACAAACUUGUACUAUAGUCCAAAUGUUGUGACGCUGAACAAGACUGACCCAGCAAAUCAAUUUGAAUGGCUAGAAAAUACACUGAACAGCUCUCAGAAAAAUAGAGAGAAGGUGUACAUCAUAGCACAUGUUCCAGUGGGAUAUCUGCCUUAUUCAAAUAACACUACAGCCAUAAGAGAAUACUAUAAUGAGAAAUUGGUAGAUAUUUUUAGGAGAUACAGUGAUGUCAUUGUAGGGCAAUUUUAUGGACACACUCACAGAGACAGCAUUAUGAUUCUUUCCGAUGAGAAAGGAAGGCCUGUAAAUUCUUUAUUUGUGGCUCCUGCUGUGACACCAGUGAAGAAUAUUUUAGCAAAACAGACCAACAAUCCUGGUAUCAGACUAUUUCAGUAUGAUCCUCAUGAUUACAAGUUAUUGGAUAUGUUGCAGUAUUACUUGAACCUGACAGAGGCGAAUCUCAAAGAAGAAUCCAACUGGAAGUUGGAAUAUAUCCUGACCCAUGCCUAUGACAUUGAGGACUUGCAUCCAACAAGUUUAUAUGGAUUAGCUAAAGAAUUUGCAAGCUUACACAGUAAGCAGUUUGUAAAAUACUACAAUUACUUCUUUGUGAGUUACGAUAGCAGUGCUGUUUGUGAUAGGAAAUGUAAGGCUUUACAAAUUUGUGCAAUUAUGAAUCUUGAUAAUAUUUCCUAUGCAGAUUGCAUCAAACAUUAUUAUAUAAAGCACUAUCACUAGUAUUUCAGUUUGUGUUAGCAGAAAAUGUAACAAAGCUCUGUUUCUGAGAUGUUUGUGCAAAUUGUUGAAAUCUUUGUGAAUUACUUAAAAGGGAACAGAAUUCCUAUAUUUUCUUUCUUUUCUGAGAUACACAAAUAUAGACAUUUUUAACAUUUGAAAUGUUUACCAUAUUGAAUAUUUUUGAACUACUCAUUAACAGAAUAAUCUUGGAUGUAAAUAUCUUAUUGCAAUUCAUGUUAUUGUAUGAGGGGUUUUCAAAAUGUCCAUGAAAAAAUGUGUAUUAUGAAAAAAACUAUGUAUAGACUUCAAACAUUUUUUGCUCCAAAAUAAACUUGUCUUUAAAUCUCAUUUUCCAGAAAUGUUUUGAAGUACCUUCAUGUUUAAUUUAUACUCUUCCUAAAAUUGCCAUUUAUAAAAUAAAAC